AGUUCCUUUUACCUGGAAGCGUGGCUACUGUUAGGGGGAAGCUGGGGAAGCUUCUAUCGUAUGACUUCUGCUAUGUAGUCACUCAGUGCGUUAUUUGUUAACAGGCAGUAAUUUGCUGUUUAUUUCUAGAAGCAGUGAUUGUAAUUGUCAUUUUUUACGAUCGGGAUUCGGUUGAUCUUCGGGCAUUAAUUGCAAGCUUUUACGCGUUCCUUUUGCAUAUUUGCAAUAUGGUCAUCAAGACUGAGUAGCUGCUAAUGUAGCGUCGUUUGAACUUCGGUAUUACUGUUAGCUUUAAAUAACAUCUGCAAUGUCUCCCUUGAUUGGCAUUCUUGAUUUUCUACGGUAUGUGCUUGAAUACUUUGGACUUCCAGCAGACAUGUUAUUGCCUGUAUGCCAGAGCAAAUUAUGUGGGCAGUAUCGCAGCAUUGUUCGUUUGAUUGGAAGCAACCUUCCCUUGAGUCCUCGUCCACGAGUUCAUUUUCAAGUCCCCUUCCUGACACAUGCGACUCAUGGAAGGGUCGGCUUUGACUUGGAGAGUCCCACCAUACCGUCUUUCGCCGAUGUAAUGUGGGUUGUUAGAAAUGACAACGAAACCGUUGCAAAGUUUAGGAGUGGCAUCCACCUUCCCAGUGGACACGGACUUCGCCACUGUGCUGCAGUAGAGGUUGGCCCUGAAAGGGCGGUGGCAUUGAAGAAGAUCACAGCGCUCGAAGAGGAGCUGCUCCGUUUACGGGCUCAGAUCGCCGUCAUCGUUAGUGCCCCGAUAGGUCCUGAUAUGUCCCAGAACAGUUUGGAGAUCACUGGGGCUCCUCUCCCUGCUCCUCCUCUUCCAGUCCUCACGUCGACUCCUCGCUGUUUCCCUCCUCCUCCCCCUCCUCCUCCUCCUCCUCCACCACCUCCACCUUCCAGUUAUGAGUCUGUAAAUAGAUCAGAGAAGACUUCACUCUCGGCCUUUGCCAUACAGUCCCAGACAGGUGACCCCGAGCAGAAGAAGAAUCAUUGUAGCCAGGCAGCUGGAUCAGAACCCAGUAAAGGCCCCAGCAUGCUGGAGGUGCUGAAGGAUCUGAACCAGGUCAAACUACGUGCGGUGGAGAGGUCGCCAGGUGGGACCCCUGUGAGACUGAGGCGAAGGACGCUGGGGAAGACCUUGCCCUCGGAUCCUGCUUCCAUCAUAGCCGAAGCGCUAAAAAAGAAGUUUGCAUGCCGGCAGCUGGAGGACUCUUUUGACAAGGAGAACUGCUCCUCUGAGCUCUCCCCUUUCGGAAGCCCCGAGGUGCCCUGUAUCCCUCAGCAUGUGAGGCGUGAUCAUGGCAGGCUGUAUUUGUGAAAUCCUGUUCAGCCGGCAACUAAUCAGAACAAGGCUUUCACUCCGAACUCUGCUGCUCCUGGACACAUACAGACUUCUGUGUGCCGACUCCAACAUAAAGAUUCUGACGUUCUCUGGUUGCUGUGUGUGUUAAUGUUGCUCGGUCUGCCACAAUUCUAUAACGCCUUUAUAUCUUAAAUACAUUUUGAUAUAUUCCAUUGAGCUUCUAAUUUCAGAAAUGCACUCCAAAAACAAUACCAUCUAUAGGAAGAGAUUCAGGAAUUUACUGCGAUGACCUGUUUCAUUGUGAGCUCAGGUUAGGAAGUAGUAUGUCCAGGCAAACUGUAUGAGGCACUGAAUAAGGAAGCUAUGUGUACUGGUUAAAGCCUCGCCGCAGCUCUGCAUUUGAAACCUUGUGCUCUUUCUGGAUGGCGUAUGACUGUCAGGGUGAGGAGUUUAUGGAUAUUGUGACACAGGAACCAGCAGCGUUCAGCUUGCAUUGGAAUUGUAAACGGUUAGCAGUCUUGCUCCUUUGUGUGCCUGUUUUGCAGGAGAAUUUCCUGUAUAAAAUGCACAGGUUUGCCUUUUCCCUGGUAUCUGCUAGAAUAACAUUUUUGUGUGUAAAUAUUAAAAUGCACUUCAACAAGAAUCCCUCUGAAAUCACAAGACCUACUCUAAUGAUACUGCUGUAGUGUAAUAUACUGUUGUAUUGUGACUUUGUUGUAACUUCUGAGAGACUGUUCUGGGGCUUUGAGCUGCCUGCCUUUUGUACAUAUCGUUUGAAGUGUUACUGGUCAGUUGUUGGAUACCUGCACCUUAAUAAAUCAUGCAUCGCCAUGGGAAACUGCCAAUCGGCCAGUACCAUCAACAUGGCUGCUUUAAGACAAA